GGGGUGAGCAGCGCGCGGGGGCUGAGCCCAGUCAGUCUGUCAGCGCGCGGGCUCCAGAGCUGCUCUUCGUGCCGGAGUCCGGGACGCGGCGCCCCGGGGGAGGAGGGCGAAGGGACGCGGCGAUGGCUCCGCCGGGACUCUUGGAGUCCACUGUCCUCGCCGCUGCUGUCUUCGUGGGAGGCACCGUGAGUUCGCCGCUCGUGGCCCCGGGUGAGUGCCCUUUCCCCAUAUAUGGGAACCUCUUGGGAGCCUACGUAGCACGCUCUUGGGCCCAGAUAUCCGGCUGCCUCUGGUACAAUGAUGGCAGCCGCCCGUUUCACUCCAGAACUGAGACGACGCCCUCGCCCAGGAACAAUGGAAAUGGACACCCAGAAUACAUUGCGUACGCGCUUGUCCCUGUGUUCUUCAUUAUGGGUCUUUUCGGCGUCCUCAUCUGCCACCUGCUUAAGAAGAAAGGCUAUCGUUGUACAACAGAAGCCGAGCAAGACGUGGAAGAAGAAAAGGUUGAAAAGAUAGAGUUGAACGACAGUGUAAAUGAAAAUAGUGACACCGUUGGGCAAAUUGUCCACUACAUCAUGAAAAACGAAGCUAAUGCUGAUGUUUUAAAGGCAAUGGUAGCAGAUAACAACCUGUGUGAUCCUGAAAGCCCGGUGACCACUAGCACUCCUGGGAGCCCUGUGAGCCCCGGGCCCUUGUCGCCAGGUGGCACCCCAGGGAAGCACAUCUGCGGCCACCAUCUGCACACAGUGGGUGGUGCUGUCGAGCGGGACGUGUGUCAUCGAUGUAGGCACAAGCGGUGGCACUUCAUAAAACCCACCAACAAGUCCAAAGAGGGCCGCUCAAGGCGCCAAGGAGAAGUUACUGUCCUCUCUGUGGGCAGGUUUAGAGUUACGAAAGUGGAACACAAGUCAAAUCAGAAGGAGCGGAGAAGUUUAAUGUCAGUUAGUGGGCCCGACAGCAUCAAUGGGGAGGUGCCUAUGACACCCUUGAAGAGAGAGCGAAGUGGCACAGAGUAGCAGGAGUGACUUUAUUUGAAGAGUUCUAAGAGACUGAAAACUUAUGACAUAUAAAGUUGCCUAGGGAAUUAUUUUUUUAUCUUUUAUAGAAUUUCUAUGGUGGAGUCUGCAGGCAUGUGGAUGAAAGCUAAAAGGGAAUAUUGUUGCUAUGCUGGAUACAGAAGUCAGUUUGCUUUGAAACAAGUUUUGGUUUAAAAAUGUCUGAUGAAAAAUGUAUUACAUUUCCAGGGAGGAAAAGAGCUCAUGUUUUUGUCUUGCCAACCACCACCCCUCCCAGUCCCCCAUCUGUGGCCUUGGUGUACACACUGCAAUUUUUCCAGUAUGAUAACUAUGUACAGUGGAACUAUAUGUG